AUGGCGGAAACUUUUCUAUUCACAUCUGAGUCGGUGAACGAGGGUCACCCUGACAAGCUCUGCGACCAGAUCUCCGAUGCGGUGCUUGACGCCUGUCUUGAACAAGAUCCUGACAGUAAGGUUGCCUGUGAGACUUGCACCAAGACUAACAUGGUUAUGGUUUUUGGAGAGAUAACAACUAAGGCUAAUGUCGACUAUGAGAAGAUUGUUCGUGACACUUGCCGCAACAUUGGGUUUAUAUCCGAUGAUGUUGGUCUUGAUGCUGACAAAUGUAACGUUUUGGUUAAUAUUGAGCAGCAGAGUCCUGAUAUUGCUCAAGGUGUUCAUGGACAUUUCUCGAAAAGUCCGGAAGAGGUUGGUGCUGGUGAUCAAGGUCAUAUGUUUGGUUAUGCUACUGAUGAAACUCCUGAGCUUAUGCCUUUGAGUCAUGUCCUUGCAACCAAACUUGGUGCUCGUCUUACCGAGGUUAGGAAGAACGGUACCUGUGCUUGGCUGAGACCAGACGGCAAGACACAAGUGACUGUUGAGUACUACAAUGAAAACGGUGCUAUGGUUCCGGUUCGUGUCCAUACUGUCCUCAUUUCCACACAACACGAUGAGACUGUCAGUAACGACCAGAUUGCUGCUGAUCUUAAGGAGCAUGUCAUCAAGCCUGUUAUCCCUGAGAAGUACUUGGACGAGAAGACCAUCUUCCACCUUAACCCUUCUGGCCGCUUUGUCAUUGGAGGUCCCCAUGGUGACGCCGGUCUCACUGGAAGAAAGAUUAUCAUCGAUACCUAUGGCGGCUGGGGAGCCCACGGUGGAGGUGCCUUUUCCGGCAAGGACCCAACUAAGGUCGACAGAAGUGGUGCCUAUGUUGUUAGGCAAGCAGCAAAGAGUAUUGUGGCUAACGGUCUUGCUCGCAGAUGCCUUGUUCAAGUUUCAUACGCCAUCGGUGUGCCAGAGCCUUUAUCAGUAUUUGUUGACAGUUACGGAACCGGAAAGAUUCCCGACAAGGAGAUUCUUCAGAUUGUGAAGGAGAGUUUCGACUUCAGACCUGGAAUGAUCACCAUUAACUUGGACCUUAAGAGGGGUGGCAAUAGCAGGUUUCUUAAGACAGCUGCUUAUGGACACUUUGGAAGGGAUGAUCCUGAUUUCACUUGGGAAAUUGUGAAGCCACUCAAGUGGGACAAGCCUCAAGCUUAA